GCAGUGCAAGGAGAUAACAUCAGAUUGAGGGAGUGGGUAGCUAAGGGAGCUGAUCCUGACGCCAUUGAUACGCGAGUUGAGUACCCCGAGAAUGGAGAAGCUCAUGGUAGCUUCAGAGCAGUCCACUACGCCACGAUGUUCGGACACAGGAGGACUAUCGAGUGGCUGCAUGCUUACGGCGCAGACAUGAAUGCACGAAACUACAUACAAGAGACUCCGCUGCACCUAGCGGCGACCGGAGACCACCUGGACUGUGUGAAGGCUCUUCUCAACAUGGGCUGUUCUGUGAAUGCGGUG